AAGAUAAGCCAGAUGGGACAUUGUGGGUGAACAAUGCUCGGGAGAAACAAUGUGCAGGCGUUCGAAAACUUCAAGAGGAAGAGACACAGAGCAUUUUCCUGUCCUCCAAUGCUCAGAUGCUCCAUCAAUAUCACAAUUCAUUUCCUAGUAUUUAUAUAUCACUACUUCACGUGCAAUUCAGAGUAAGAAAAGGAGGCAAUAUCAGCUGAUCUCAAUGGCAAUUAAACCCAAUUUCCAUUUUGUAUUGGUGCAUGGAAUUUGUCAUGGAGCUUGGUGUUGGUACAAAAUGGUCCAUCUUCUGCAACAAGAUGGUCACACAGUCACUGCCAUUGAUCUCAAAAGUGCAGGCGCAGAUCCUUCUGUUGCAGACUCAAUAAAGUCCUUUGAGGAGUACAACCAACCUCUCAUGGAUUUCCUUGCCCAGCUCCCUUCAACUGAAAAGAUAGUGCUUGUGGGGCACAGUUUUGGGGGCGUAAGUUUAGCCGCUGCAUCAGAAGCAUUCCCAGAAAAGAUAGCAGUGGCAGUGUAUUUGACUGCUUUGAUGAUUCGUGGUGGAGAUCGUCUUCAAGAGGAGCUAAAACUUAUCCAACUCGAUGAAGAAUUUAACAAGCAGUUUAUAUACAAGUUUGAAGAUGGCCCUGAGCAGCUCCCUACCUCAGUAGCCUUACCCAAUGCAUUACAGAAGUAUCUUUUCUAUUCAACAACCCCCUCAGCUGAUGCAACAUUGGCUUCAUUGUGUCUACGCCCAGUCCCACAUAAUAUUAUUGUAAAAAAUGGUCUCCAGACAAGUGAUGAAAAAUAUGGUACAGUGCCCAGAGUUUACAUAAGAACAGAGAAGGAUAACAUUGUUAGCCCUAAAAUUCAGCAAGUAUUUAUAGAUGGCAGUCCCCCAAAAGAAGUGCAUAGCUUGGAUUGUGAUCACAGUCCAUUCUUCUGUCUGCCUGAUGAACUCCAUCAAUUGCUUUUGGAUAUAGCCACAAGGUUCAAUAAAACUUCCAUUUAGAGUGCAGUAUAUCUGAUUUUGUCUAGUAAUAUUCCCCCUUUCUGAUGAUGAAUCAUCAAGAGUGAUUCAAAAUGUUGACGGAAAAAUAAACACAGUUUUUAUCUACAAUAUCAUUUCUUUUUCAA